GAAAGGGGUGUGUUGCUCACCAGGAGGGCUGCUCCUGUCACCGCGCCCGGGUGGCAGUCGGCGAGGAGCCUCUGCGGCUGCAGGAACAAAAACCGCUACCGUUAGAGCCGGAGCCAACGACCAGCCACCAUGAGCAGCGACGACAACAAGUACGACGUGAUUGUGAUUGGAGGAGGCAUCUCCGGUCUGUCUGCAGCCAAGUUACUGUAUGACUCAGGACUGGAUGUUCUAGUCUUAGAAGCCCGAGACAGGGUUGGAGGCAGAACAUACACAGUAAGGAAUAAGCAUGUCAAGUAUGUUGACUUGGGAGGAGCAUAUGUGGGACCCACACAAAACCGUGUUUUACGGCUAUCUAAGGAGUUAGGACUAGAGACCUACAAAGUGAAUGAAAUUGAGCAUCUUAUUCAUCAUGUCAAAGGCAAAUCUUAUCCCUUCAAAGGGCCUUUCCCUCCAAUGUGGAAUCCCAUUACUUAUUUGGACUACAACAAUCUAUGGAGGACAAUGGAUGAAAUGGGGAAAGAGAUUCCUAAUGAAGCUCCAUGGAAAGCACCACAUGCAGAGGAAUGGGACAAAAUUACCAUGGAAGAGUUACUAGAUAAAGUGUGCUGGACAAAUGCUGCCAAGCGAUUUGCUACUCUGUUUGUGAAUGUUGAUGUUACCUCUGAGCCACAUGAGGUUUCUGCUCUCUGGUUCCUGUGGUAUGUUAAACAGUGUGGAGGUACAGCCAGGAUAUUUUCAACAACCAAUGGAGGCCAGGAGAGGAAAUUCAUUGGAGGCUCUGGACAAAUUAGUGAGAAAAUUGUGGAAUAUCUGGGAGAUCGGGUUAAAUUAGAGAAGCCUGUAGCCUAUAUUGAUCAGACCGGUGGAAGUAUCACAGUAGAAACAUUGGACCAUGAAAGAUACAAGGCCCAGUACGUUAUUAGUGCCAUCCCUCCUGUGCUUAGCUUGAAGAUUCAUUUUAACCCACCUUUGCCUUCAAUGAGGAAUCAGUUGAUUAAUCGGAUUCCUAUGGGGUCAGUCAUCAAAUGUAUAGUAUACUACAAGGAUGCAUUCUGGAAGACAAAAGAUUAUUGUGGUUCCAUGAUUAUUGAAGAUGAGGAUGCACCAAUUGGUUUGGCAUUAGAUGACACUAAACCUGAUGGAAGCUUUCCAGCCAUAAUUGGUUUCAUCCUUGCCCGAAAGUGUAGAAGACUGAUUAAUCUCACCAAGGAAGAAAGGAAAACACGGAUCUGUGAGCUCUAUGCAAAGGUGCUGGGAACACAAGAAGCCUUACAUCCAGUGCACUAUGAAGAGAAGAACUGGUGUGAAGAGCAAUAUUCUGGAGGAUGCUAUACAGCUUAUUUCCCACCAGGGAUAAUGACCCAGUAUGGAAGGAUUCUUCGUGAGCCAGUCGGGAGGAUCUUCUUUGCAGGGACUGAGACAGCUUCAGAAUGGAGUGGCUACAUGGAAGGUGCUGUUCAGGCUGGAGAAAGAGCAGCCAGAGAGGUACUGCACUCAAUGGGAAGAUAUUCAGGAGAAAUAUGGAAAUCAGAACCAGAAUCACUUGAUGUGCCAGCCCUGCCAAUAGCUACAACAUUUUGGGAAAGGAACUUGCCUUCUGUUCCUGGACUACUGAAAUUGAUGGGAUUCUCUAUUUUCUUUACAUCAGUGGCUGCAGCUGGGCUCUUUGCCUAUAAAAAGGAUCUCCUAGUGCGAAACUGAAAACAGAUGUGCACAUAGGAAACUAUCUAUUUUGGUCUGCAGAUUUGUAUACAUUAACACAAUCAUUUUCCUCUCAUUUUGACUGAUAAUUGCAAUGCUCUAUUAUCCUGUCUAUUAGUUCAAGGUGCCUUGAAUCUUGUAACAGGGUCCAAUAUCUUUUUCUGAGGGCACUACACAAUUUGGCUGCCAUAAAAAUAAUAUAGUUGCCUGGAACCCAAUUAUUCACAUUUGUUUUCUUUGUUUUAUAAAACCAAAGCCUGCAUAAAUCUUGUUGCACAUUAGGCUGGGUGGCCAAAAAUCUUGCUCAAUAGGAAAAAAAAUACUUGUGUGAAUCCACCCUUGUCCUCCCAUUGUUAUGGGAAAUUGUUGAGUAAGUCAGAAGGUAUCAGCAGAUAAAUUCCAGCAACACUAUUCUGUGUGGUUUUAUAGGUAUGCAUUCAUUAGCAUCUUUUCCUUCUCUUUUGAUAUUACCGUGUUUUGCAAAAAAAAAAAAAAAGAGUAAAAAGCUGAUGAAAAUCUUUCAAUGGUUUCUCUACUAAAUAAUAACUGAAAAGUGUAGGAGGUUUGUCCUCUGUUGCAUCAAGCCAUCUUUACAUUGGGUGUGAUAGGAAAUUGCAAGAUUGAGACCAAUCUUUGAAUAUGUCAUAAUCAGACCAUUAUCUAAGGCCAAUUUAGAGCAAAUGGAAGAAUUUCUAUGCCUGGCCCAUGAAACAGCUGUCUAGGAUUUCACUAACCUUUUGGUAUGUCGAGAAAUAUAUUUCAUACUCUUCCAAAUUUUUCUCUUUGACUAUGAUGGAUGGAUAAUUUUUUGGCUUUUUUAAGGAUUCCAGUUUCUGCAAUAGACACUGGUUUAGAAGCAAAUUUAGUCAUGCUUAGAAUAAAACCAUCAGUAUUAAAGGGACCUGUUCAUUGAGAUGGGUUUAUUUCCAAUAAUAUUGUGAUUAACUGGAUUGUGAAUUUACAGUACAAGCUGUUACUAUUUUGAAAGUUACCUUAUAAUAAGAGAUUCUUACGUCUUACCUGAGGACCCAAGCAAACACAAAAUCCUUCUAAGAAAAAUCAUCACACUCAAAUCUUUCUUAGAGAAAGAAUGACAGACAUAAAGAGGUGUGAUUUUGAAAAAUGUUUAGAUGUAGCAUUAGGAAAAAAAAAUCCCCCUUUCUUAUGCUUCUGAACUGGUUUUGGAUCAGAUCCCCUUCACAUCUCACCUGAUAUUAGCAUCUUUGACAGAUUGACAGGAUUUCUUAAUAUCAUGUUUUGGCUCCUCAUUGUCAUGUUCACUGUUUCAAUGUGCACUGUACAUCGUAACAUUUCACAUGCCUGGUGCUGACGUGUGUUUCUGUUGGGAGGGAGCUGCUGUGAAACCUUGUGCCAAGCUCUGUAUCUAGGUUCAUUACAAUGGAAUGCGUUUGGGUUAUGUGCUCUGCUCAAGGACUUUCCCCGCGGACCAUCAGAAGCCGUUAGGAGCACCUGGGAUUGUGAGCCUGGGAAGAUUCUACGGGGGGAGGGAUCUCAUUUGUACCGAGGGUUUUUAGUUUGCAUUUGGCACGCUUUUUCCAUUCUCAGCUUUCCUUGUGACCCUGCAUACUAUUCUUUAAUAAAUCAGAUAUCUUUAUGAACCUGUUCAUGAGUCUGAUGGUGUUUUAGGAUAGGCAAUCAUUACACUCAUUUGAUAAUGUUCAAGUGGGCUAUGGAAGCAUACAUACACUGGAGGAAAGGGCCCUAGGCCCACUAUUCAUUCUGGGCUAGAAAAUGGGAUUAUGUUUUGCUAUUCUAAGUAAUCUCUUAAAUAACCUGUUAGUUAAGCACAGAAAUUAAUAGGAAAUUAAGAAUGUUGGAUUUCUCCCUCUGAAAGUCAGUAACCUCCUGGCAGAAUUUAAGCUAAUUAUAUGUGCUUUGGUUAUGCUGUUUACAGGAUCUUUUCAGUCUUUUUCAGGGAUAGGGUUGCUUCUUAAAGAUUUGAAAGUUAGAAUCAGCUGUAGUCCAGAUGAAGUGAUCUUUCUCUUUGACUCAGUUAAUUCAGAUUUUGCAUGUUCCUAACCUAGGAUUACUUUUAUCUAACAGCAACAUGAUUUCCAAAGAGCGUAUUGAAAAAUAUUUUUUACCGAAAUAGAAUGCCAAAACAAAAUAGCUUAAUGUAUGCCUUUUACUGCUGUUGUUUCUGUGUCUAUUAAUUAUUCUUAAUUAAUAGUCUAGCUUCUUCCAGCCUUCUGCCCUUUAAUGGCUUGAACAGUAAAAGUAACUUUAGAACACGGCUAAAAUCUGGGAAUUCCAAGAAUUAUCUAGAGGGUGCCAGGUUGGGGAAGACUGGGCUAUCCCAUAGUAAGUUCUGAUUAGCAGAGGCUCUCCAAAGUCUCAGACAUAAUAUUCUCCCAGAUCUGUUACAUGAAAUCAUUUAAAAUAAAGAUGCAGAGGACAGAAUCAAAGAGGCAAAGGAAAGGAUCAGAGUAAACUAUAUCAAGGACCUGCUAUUGCUUUGUGCCUCUUUCUUCCCUGUCCUUAACAUCCACCACAAGCAGCAAAUGGGGUAAUAUCACAGCUUCAGUGAUGACAUCACAACAUUAUUACAUCAGGGCACUGUCUACUGUCUGCUGAUGAUAUGAGAUAGCAGUAGGAAAACGUACAACUGCUGAUAUCACUUAAUAUAUUAGUGAAAUUAGAUAACUCACAUGUUUGGUAUUCAGACUUAAGCUUGGGGUUUCUUAAAAUAUCAAAUUAGAUAUUAAUAAAUGGCAUUCAGCUGCCAAGGAAUUAUUGCAUAGAGGCUGAGAUUUUAAAUUUUAAACAAACUACUUGAAGAGCCUGACAGUUUGUGGUUUGUUCCACUAUAAUGCCACAAGGGAAGCCAUGCUGAUAGGGAAUUCUGGGAUUUGUGGACAUCAAGACAUCAGGAGGGCACUAGAUUGGGGAAGGCUACACUGGACUUAAUAAGCAUUUGCCUAUAAUGGAUAUGCUUGUGAGUAAGAAUGCAGCCUUUAAAUUCUUGGCAGGAGUUGAAGUGAGGAAAAAAUAGAACCCAGAUAUAACACUCAUGAUUAAAUAGGAUUGCGUUUAGGGAGUCUGUCGCAUUUGUAGCUAAGCUCUGAGGUUGUAGUUACAGACAUUCUCUUACAACAAUUCCUUUUCCUUUUUUUCGACAUGCACUAAAAUACUUGACAAAUAUUGAGAACAUAUUUCAUUAUUUAGUUCACUUGUCACUUUCUUUGAUUCCUCAUUUCCUGAGAUGGGUAGAAGCUGGUAUUUAUAAAAGAAAUGAAACUGCUUCUCAUUGUUGAGCAAAAAUAGAAAAGUCAUACCUCUUCGUUUCAGAUGUACGAUCUGGAUUGCAUAAGUUGAUCUACGGGUUUUGGUGGAAGAUCCUGCCUUUAGACAAAAGGCUGAACUGAAUGAACUUUUGGUUUUUCUAGCUCUAUGUUUUUAUAACGUUUCUCGGAAGAAAGUCCCAAUACUUCAGUGUAACUUAGGCUGCACAAUCACCUCAGUCCAAUGAGAGAAAUCAAUGAAUGGAAAGAGUACAAAAGAUUACUGUGGGGAAACCAAAGACAACAUCUGAAAUGCAGACAUCAAAGUUCACCGUUUGCCAUCUCUGCUUGUUAGAAAAGGAAAAACAAAAUUGGAAGCUGGCCUGGAUCUAAAGAUAGCCUUUCUCUCACUUUCCCUGCUGUCAGGCAAUCCACCUUUCAGAGCUGCUGGAAAAAGGAUGGGACUUUAUUUGGGAUGAGCAGAAACCACCCAACCUGCUUUCCGGCCAGUUUUUAAUUCUAGAAGUAACUCUGACUACCUUUGAUUAUCCUAAAGGGAGAGUUUGUUCCCAGUUCAGGGUUAGGGUUAGGAAAAACAGACUCCAGUGUGUGUUUUUUCCUUCUAUUUUUGAACUAACAUAAUAAAGAUGCAUGCCCACACACAUACACACACAACUGUAUUAUUUACAAUUAUUUUAUAACAAUUUAAAAUAAGAAACUAAUAAAUGAGUGGAUAAAAAUAAAUGGAGAAGGGUUAAAAAAACAAGUGUAACAGUUGAAAAAUUAUAGCUUCUUAAUAAAAUAAAAGACUAGAAUAUAAUAUAAUAUAACAUGUAUACUGUGAAAGGAAAGGAGGAAGUAAAGGAGAGGAAGAGAGAGGAAGAGAAAUAUAGUUUGGAAACUAACUGAAGGAGGAACAAGGGAGAAUGGGAAUGAGGAUAAUGUCACCAAACAUAAAUUGGUUACAGUUUGUUUACAAGAGACAGUGAUGUCACAACUCAGGAACAAAAUCUGGGCAGCAGUAAUUGUAAUUGUAAGCAAGAGUGAGUAUAAGUUUUCUGUAGCCAUUUUUCAUGAUAUUGUCAUUCAUCCAGAAGGCUACAAUUGAUCUUAAGCUUCAUUCUGUUUUGAAAACAGCAGUAUUAAUAACUGAAUCUGAUAUUCUCCCUCUGUACCAAGAAUUUUACAUGAAGCAUCAAAAGGUUUUAAUUCUUGUUCCAGUUUUUGAUAUAGUUGUCAUGGUGACAUUCUGCUCUUUGCAGUGUGAUGGAACCCCUAAACUGUAUAUUGCAGCAAAGCUUCAUGGAAGUCUUGGAAACAAGGACUAGGUAGGUUAGAAACAUCUGUCCUACUUAGAGUAAGUUAAACAUUAUCCCAAAUUUCUUCUUUCCACAAGUUUCAGAUUUCACUUUGACUUGAAGCACAGCCCUACUGUUUAUGAGUCCAAUCAUAUAUUCUGAGUUAUUUUGUUCAUUUACAACAGAGCAUUUUUAAGAAGGUGUUUAGUGUCAUCUACAAAUCUUGUUUACUGAAAAAAAAGUGUAAGAUUGUAUACAUGGCAGGCAAAAAAGCAUAUGAAUUGUCUUGUUAGGCUCCCAGACCAAAGAAGGCCCAUUCAGUCAAGUAGUCUGUUGAUGUGAAUUGGCUAACUAGAUGUCUUCAGAAAGUUCACAGAAAAAGCAGGAUAGAGAUUUUCAAACUAAGAAAAAUCAUUUCUUCUGAUAGCCUGUUAAAGGCGAAUAACAUAAUGCAUAAUUUAAAUAAUAUUUUUAAUAAGUGCUGUUCUUUGCCAAAUGUUAUUGGAAAUGUAUUGUGAAUUUAAAACCCUUUCUUGAUUCAGUAAAGGUACAGUGUAUGCUGUUGUAAUUUGCUUUAAAACAAAUGGGACUAUGUAUGUAUAUUUUUGAUCAGGUGCUUAUCGCAUUUGACUAUAGAACCAUAGUUUUGAUAGGCCUUGUUGGGCCAGUGUGCAAGCAUUUGUGUAUGUCCAAGUAUGUGUCCAGUCAUAGAAUGGACAGCAGCAAAACCCUUAUUAAAGCCGGCACUUUGUGAGGGAGGGAUGAUAUGUGCUUCACAUAUACAUGACAAUUUUAAAAGCCACUUCUACUAUAUCAUGAUACCCCAGUUUGGUUAUGGAUGGGUCAAAAUGUGCACCAAGAGACUAGCACAUUUAAUUUCUUCCAAGUCUCGUUUUCCUGAGAAAUUCUUCUCUGUUCAAAAAAAUGUGCUCACAGCCCACAACGUAAGAUUAAAAACCUUGGUAGAACUGUUCUCUUGUAUGAAGAGGCAGGCUUAUAAAACUGAAGAUCCAUUCUUUAGAGUGAUAAAAGUAAAUAAUUGAUUCUAAGAAGGGGAAAUGUUCACAUACUUAAACAAUCUGUGCUGGAAUAGCCAAUCCAUAGGAGACAAGGCAGUUGCCUUUGCAAUUCUAAACAGUGAAAUUAACAGUAGGCUACAAUUUUCCAUUAAGUAAAUUUUACAAUUGAUUAAACAUAAUGUUCCUUCCAGCACCUCUUCCCUAAAACUUUCUUCUGUGAUAUGCUUCUGUCCCAGAGGAAAUUAAAAAAUAUUCAAGGUACGGUGGGAUUUUUUUAAAACAUUUUUUUAAUGAAAUACCUAGUGACCUAAACUGUUCUUGAGCUAUUUGCUGCUCUGAUCAUUGUGUCUGCCUUUUGUAAAACUAGUCCGAUUGCAAGAUAUGGAUUCUGUAAGUGAUUGUUUGUGCCUUAUAUAAUUGUAGUGUUCUUCUAAAAGUGCCUCUGUGGUGAUUGUGUUCAUUGAAUCUCUUACUAUAUUCCUUUUCCUAUUAAACAUGUGUUCUAUAUA